AUGAUACAAUCUAAGAUCAACAAAUACGAACGCACAUUAACGUUUUUAACAAUUCCGCAAAUAUCAUCACUUAUACCCAAUCAACCGAUUGAUCGCCGCGCAAUUAACAUCCCCAGAAACAUCAAGCUAGCCGAUCCAGAAUUCCAUCAACCAGCGCCAAUCGAUUUAUUAUUAGGUGCAGGGACAGCGCUUUCAUUGCUGUGUGUGGGGCAAAUUAAUCUAACACCAUCCGAGAGUUCAGCCUUGUAUUUGCAAAAAACAAGAUUCGGAUGGGUAAUCGGGGGGAGCGUCCCAAACUCACCUCCAACUCAACCUACUGCCUACCACGCCAACAUCGCUGAUCUCCAAAAUGAUCUCACCCGAUUCUGGGAAAUCGAAGAGGGUCCACAAGUUCAGCAUCUGUCCGAAUCGGAGAGGAUCUGCGAAGAACAUUUCAAAGCCAACGUCGCACGCAACGAAGAAGGAAGACACAGCGUCGCAUUACCCUUCAAUGAUAAGAUCGAUAAACUGGGAGAAUCGAAACGGCAAGCAAUGAAACGACUUGUUUCAUUAGAACGAAAGUUACAACAGAAUCAAUCAAUCAAACAACAAUAUCACGCGGUCAUUCAGGAAUAUUUGGAUCUUGGACACAUGUCCGAAGUCACGGUUGAUAAUACCGAUCACCACGGAUAUUAUUUACCGCAUCACGGAGUCAUAAAAACCACAAGCCAGACAACAAAGCUGAGGGUCGUAUUCGACGGCUCCGCUCAGAGUAGCACAGGUGUAACAUUAAACAACGCCUUACAUACAGGACCGAAAAUUCAGGAGGAUUUACUAUAUAUUUUAUUAAGAUUCCGCAUUCACCGAUACGUUCUUACGGCCAUACGUUGCCUCAAUAAACUGGCCGAAGAUGAAGGACACCGUUAUCCCAGCGCAGCAAAAAUCAUUCAACGUGAUUUUUACGUGGACGACGCGUUGACAGGAGCCUCAACAAAGGAAGAAGCAUUAAGGCUAAGAGAGGAAUUAACCCUUCUCCUAAAAGACGCCGCUCUAAAUAUUAGACAAUGGGCCUCGAAUGACAGAGAUUUAUUACACGGUCUGGCAGAAAAAGAACUCAAUCGCAAUCUUGAAAUUGGAGAAUCUUCAACCCUCAAAACACUCGGAAUAUUCUGGAAUUCUACAAACGACUCCAUUCACUACGCGGUAAGAACGACCACACCCAUAGGAUGCAUCACAAAGCGGACAAUAAGUUCGGAAGUCGCAAAACUCUAUGACCCACUGGGUCUUCUCGGUCCGGUCAUCAUUACUGCCAAGAUACUACUUCAAAAACUCUGGACCAUCAAAGUAGAGUGGGACGAAUCUCUACCAUCAAACAUACAUAACGAAUGGGAAAGAUAUUAUUUACAGUUAUCACUAUUGAAUAACGUCACUUUCCAACGGAAAGCCGUCGUCGAUUCAGCUGUAAAACUAGAGCUACAUGGCUUUUGCGAUGCGAGCGAAAAGGCUUACGGAGCCUGCGUGUAUCUCUGCUCCAUCGACGAACACGGCCGCAUCCGAAUUGAACUUUUGGUCGCGAAAUCAAGGGUAGCUCCUCUGAAAUCACACACAAUCCCUCGAUUGGAAUUGUGCGGAGCAUUGCUCCUCGUUUCGUUAGCUAAGACAGUCGAAAAUGCUCUACAUAUCCCGAUCAAUCACAGCUUCCACUGGACCGAUUCCACAAUCGUCCUCCAUUGGCUUAACACGCCUCCGAACACCUUGAAAACUUUCGUCGCCAAUAGAGUGGCAGAAAUUCAGGGGAAAACUAGCAUUUCCAAUUGGCGCCAUGUCAGAACAAAAGGCAAUCCUGCUGACAUCAUCUCGCGAGGACAAACAGCAGAAGAGUUUCUUCAGCCAUCCAUCUGGCACCAUGGUCCACCUUGGCUUGCCAAAAAUCAAACACAUUGGCCAACGUGGGAAGCUCCGGUAGUAAAUGACAUACCCGAACAGAAGAUGACCAUCUGUUUGGCUACAAACGUCAUCCUCGAAAGGUAUUCAUCGUGGGAGAAACUCACGCGCGUUGUCGCCCGUUGUUUGCGGUGGAGACCGAAACAAUCUGCAAAAGGAGUUCUCACCACAUCAGAAUUACAACACGCGCGAAAUAGAUUAAUCCAAUUAUUACAGCAACUUCAUUUUUCCGACGAGCUUCAAUGCUUCAAUAAAGGAAGGCUCUCAGGUAUAAAGGGGAAACUUCAGAAAUUGAACCCGUUCAUCGAUAAGGAGGGGAUCCUGCGGAUAGGAGGACGCUUAAUACAUUCAAUGAUGCCAUUUACUCAAAAACAUUCAAUAAUACUACCAAAAUCAUCCGCCACAGCACUCAUCAUUGAAGGCGAGCAUAGAAUACAAUUACAUGCAGGAACACAAGCAACACUCUACAGGAAGCGCUACUGGCCCAUCGAUGGGCGGAGCCAGGUUUGGAAGGUCAUAAAGGAUUGCGUACGCUGCUGCCGAGUUCGACCACCGCCGGUCGAAUACAUAAUGGGUAAUUUACCCGAAGCUAGAGUAACAGAAUCUCGCCCGUUUACGAACGUCGGAGUGGAUUAUUGCGGGCCAUUCUAUAUUAAAGAAAAACGUCAUCGAAACCGCAAUCGAAAUAAAGCAUACGUCGCCGUCUUCGUAUGUUUCGCGGUGAAGGCAGUUCACCUAGAGCUAGUGAGCGAUCUUACAAGCGAAGCUUUUAUUGCAGCAUUAAGACGAUUUAUAGCUCGACGAGGAUUCUGUGCAAAUCUCUACUCGGACAACGGUACCAAUUUCGUCGGCGCUAACAAUGAGCUGCGAGAUCUCCGCGAACUUUUGCAAUCAGAUAAUCACAAACAAAAGGUGCAAUCGUUUCUUGCUAACCGAUCCAUAGAAUGGCAUUUUAUGCCACCCCACACACCUCACUUCAGAGGACUCUGGGAGGCCGCGGUCAAGGCCUUCAAAUAUCAUCUAAAACGCGUCGUCGGGGCUGAGCUUUUUACAUUUGAAGAUUUUAACACUCUCAUUAUAGAAAUAGAAUCAAUCCUUAACUCUCGUCCACUCACACCUGUCUCAUCCGAUCCUAACGAUCUCCUUGUUCUUUCACCUGGCCAUUUCCUCAUUGGCGACGCAUUAAUGAGCUUACGGGAGCGGGAUUACAGAGAUAUUCCUCCGAAUCGCUUAUCGCGUUGGAAACAUAUCCAACGAGUAAAACAACAUUUCUGGACCCGUUGGCGCCGGGAAUAUCUCAAUGAGAUGACCAGCCGCAAUAAAUGGGUAAAAGGCGAUCACCCAAUCAAGGAAGGUACAAUCGUACUUCUCAAAGAGGACAACGUACCCCCAAAUCAGUGGCCCCUAGGCAGAGUAAUUAAAAUCCACCCCGGCUCCGACGGUAUUGUUCGUACGGUUACUAUUAAAACGAGCACGAACGAAUUUGAUCGGAAUGUCAAUAAACUAGUCCCUCUGCCUAACCAAUCUCAGGAUGACAAGCCACAGCAUCCAGCCUCCAAGGGGGACGACACCAUUCCAAGGGAGCAGACCACCACGAAAGAAUGA